CGCGGCGUCCGAUCACGUGGCCAGACGCGAUCCCUCCACCUUCGCCAAGCCGGUCGGAAACAGCUGCCGAGGGAGAAAGGUUCCGGGGUGGUUUGGGAGGGGGUGACGGAAGUCUGGGCGGUUUCGGGGAGCAGCGCCUGGCGGAAGUAGUUUGAGGGGGGCAGAGUUUGAGGCCGGAAGGGAGGCGAGGCGGCGCGACUGAGGGAGAGCGGCGGAAGAGGAUGAACAACAAAUUCGACGCUCUGAAGGAUGAUGACAGUGGAGAUCAUGACCAGAAUGAAGAGAACAGCACACAGAAAGAUGGUGAGAAGGAAAAAAAUGAUAGAGACAAACCACAAAGUAGCACCAAGAGGAAGGCUGUGGUUCCCGGGCCGGCUGAGCACCCCCUGCAGUACAAUUAUACCUUCUGGUAUUCCAGACGGACUCCCGGGAGGCCUACCAGCUCUCAGAGUUACGAACAGAACAUCAAACAAAUUGGCACCUUUGCCUCCGUGGAACAGUUCUGGAGGUUUUACAGUCACAUGGUCCGUCCUGGGGACCUGACAGGCCACAGUGACUUCCAUCUUUUCAAAGAAGGAAUUAAACCCAUGUGGGAGGACGAUGCCAAUAAAAAUGGUGGCAAGUGGAUUAUCCGUCUCCGGAAGGGCUUAGCCUCACGCUGCUGGGAGAACCUUAUUCUCGCCAUGCUGGGAGAACAGUUCAUGGUGGGCGAAGAAAUCUGUGGAGCUGUUGUUUCCGUUCGUUUCCAGGAGGAUAUCAUCUCCAUAUGGAACAAAACUGCCAGUGACCAAGCCACCACCGCCCGGAUACGGGACACCUUGCGGCGAGUGCUGAACCUGCCCCCUAACACCAUUAUGGAGUACAAGACACAUACAGACAGCAUCAAGGCCUGGGAGGAGUUUCAUGGCCUGGUGAACAGCAGCAGCCGCUGAACUGAACGCUCUCCCUUCCUCUCUCACACACCCAGGGGAUAAUUCAAGCUUCCGAAAUACCAAGAUCGCCCUGUGAGGCGGAGGUGGGGGGUGCAGCACUCCUCUUUCUCCUCCGUCUGUCCAGGAAGGGGGGGGAAGGGAUUCUCCUUGCGUGCCCUACACGCCUUCCCUUCCGAAAAGGCGUGCCGCAUUCCCUGGACCCUUGAUCCCUCUUCCCCCGAUGGAUGGUUUUUAACACCUGCAUCAAAGAUGGACUUUCUGGGACCCAAAACGAGACGGCCAGCUUCAGCCCAGGGGUUUUUCAGUAUUAACGAACAGCUGUGUAGCAGAGGUGGGGGACGGCCUGGUAAUCGAGCAGCGCCCUCUUUUCACCCCCCGCCAAUAAACGAUUAGGCCUCUGUU